UAUAACAACAGUAUACAACCCCUGCCUCCCCGCUGUGUCUUCCAAAACACAGUCCUUGCCUCUGCACAAAGAUCCUCUCCAUAGCUAGAGGAACAGAGCCAGGGUCUGCGGCCCCUUCUGAAGCACCAGGACUGAGUUUCAUCUGACUCCAGAACGCAGAGGGGAGAAAGAUGUCGGACGAAGAUGAUCUGGAUGACAUUGAGCCAGACCAGGAUGACCUGGAAAAAGAUGAGGAUGACAAAGACAUGGAGGAGUGGGAAGACUACAGGAAAGAGGGCGAAGAAGUCUCCGAGGAAUGGAUGCCCAUGCCCCUCACUGAGGCCAUGAUGAAGGAAGGGCUGUCUUUACUCUGCAAGACUGGCAGUGGGCUGGCCCAUGCUUACAUUAAGCUGGAGGCUAAGGACAGGGACCUCACGGACAUCUACUUACUCCGCUCCUAUAUCCACCUUCGCUACGUGGAUAUUUCUGAGAACCACCUAACAGACCUGAGCCCGCUCAAUUCUCUCACUCACCUCCUGUGGCUCAGGGCUGACGGCAAUCAGCUUCGGAGUGCCCGGUUGAAUGAAUUGCCCUACCUUCAGAUCGCCAGCUUUUCCUACAACCUGAUCGUGGACACGGAAGGCAUCUUUCAUCCCCGUCUGGGAAGCUUGGAUCUCAAAGGGAACCGCAUCCGCUACGUGACUGGUCUGGAUCCUGAAAGGCUGACUAGCCUGCACACCCUGGAGCUCCGGGGGAACCAGCUAGAAAGCACAACGGGAAUCAACCUUCCUAAGCUAAAGAAUCUCUACCUGGCUCAGAACAUGCUGAAGAAGGUGGAAGGCCUGGAGAACCUGAGCAACUUGACCACCCUGCAUCUUCGAGACAACCAGAUUGAAACUUUGGAUGGCUUCUCCAAGGAGAUGAAGUCACUGCAAUACCUCAACCUGAGGAGUAACAUGAUUGGUGACCUGAGUGAGCUGGCCAAACUGCGGGACCUGCCCAAGCUUCGAGCCUUGGUGCUGCUGGACAACCCGUGUGCGGAGGAGACUGACUACCGCCAGGAGGCCCUGGUGCAGAUAGCGCACCUCGAGCGCCUAGACAAAGAGUUCUACGAGGAUGAGGACCGCGCCGAGGCCGAUGAGAUCCGCCAGAGGCUGAAGGAGGACCAGGACCAAGAUCUCGAUGCAGAACAUGACAUGGAACCAUACACACCACCAACUUAG